AUGGCUGCCAGUAGCGCCGCCUCGCUGCCCUACCAUGAGCCCGGAAUCACCACUAUCCUUAUUCAGGGCUCGUUCCUAGUCAUCCUCAAUGUCAUCAAUACCAUCUUGGACAACACCGUCUACUGCGGCCUCCUCGGCCAGAUCUUUGUCGGUGUGGCUUGGGGCACACCAGGGGCAAAAUGGCUCUCGGAGUCGACCGAAGAGGCCAUUGUCCAGCUUGGUUAUCUCGGCUUGAUACUGCUCGUAUACGAGGGCGGCCUCUCGACGUCGUUCGCGUCCCUGAAAGCCAAUCUGCUUCUCUCCAUCGCCGUUGCUGUCACGGGAAUUGGUGUGCCUAUAGGCCUCUCGUUCGUUCUGCAGGGCCUGGCCGGUGCGACACCUCUGCAGGCCUUCGCCGCAGGCGCUGCGCUCUGCUCUACUAGCUUGGGAACUACCUUCACCGUUCUUGCAACGAGCGGCCUCACGAAAUCUCGUCUCGGCGUGGUCCUCACCAGUGCUGCUAUGAUGGACGACGUUGUGGGUUUAGUCAUGGUUCAAGUUAUUUCUAACCUCGGUGGCUCCGGCUCGUCGUUCAGCGCGACUACCGUCAUCAGGCCUGUUUUCGUCUCGCUGGCGUUCGCCGUGCUGAUCCCGCUCGUCUGCCGCCUGAUCGUCAAGCCUGCUACUCUUUUUUUGAACAAGCACCGGGAGGCACACCCCUCCGGGCCGAUGCAGAAGUUCCUGUCCAUGCAUCAGACGAGCUUCUUCGUCCAGACAGCCGUUCUUCUUGGUUUCGUUGCGGGUGGCUCCUUUGCAGGGACUUCCAACCUCUUCACCGCAUAUCUUGCUGGUGCAUCCAUCAGCUGGUGGGAUGUUGAGGUGCCUCAUUUGCCGGUUGAGAAGUCUCAGAGCACGGACGCGAGUCACGCUGGCAGACAAUCUUCCGCCGGCGAGGUCUCGAACGAUAAUACCUCUCAGGUGAUUGACAAUGGCGACAGCGUCCGAAGCCAAUCAUCCGCUCACACAUCUGGGGUCGCAAUUUACGAGCGAUAUUACCAGCAGGCUGUGGAGAAGAUAUUGAAGCCACUUUUCUUUGCCUCGAUUGGCUUCUCCAUUCCCAUUUCCCAGAUGUUUACGGGCUCUGUUGUCUGGCGUGGAAUCGUAUACACAAUCCUGAUGUUGUUCGGGAAACUGGUAUGUGGUCUAUGGUUAGUCCGCUUUUCUGUUUCGCCGUACAUCCCCGAGCGUCUUAAACUCCGUAAGCUCCGCCUGCCGUCUAUGCCCCACCUCUGGGGUGCAUCGGCGAAGAAGGAAGCCAAAGCCGAGCGGAAGAAGGACCCGAAUCGGAAGCACAGCCACGCGGAUGCUCUCCAACCUCAGCGCGAGGAGCAGCAGAUCCCAUCUCAAGCCCAGACAUCUCCGCGAAGCGAAGAAGACACGGCUCAGCAGCACGGCGCGUCGUCCGAACAGGACGAGCAUGCUGAUAAUAGCACCCGGCAUACUUCGCGCGACCCCAAGAAACCCAUUUCGCUGUACCCGGCCUCCAUCCUGGGCAGCGCGAUGGUGGCGCGCGGCGAGAUUGGCUUUCUGAUCUCGUCGCUUGCGCAGAGCAAAGGGAUAUUCACUUCCGCAUCUGGUUCUUCGCCAAGCGGUUCGGAUGAGAUCUUCCUAGUCGCUACCUGGGCGAUCAUGUUAUGCACGAUCAUCGGACCAUUAACUGUCGGACUAUUAGUCAGACGCGUCAGGAAGCUGCAGAAGACCGGCGACAACACCGUUGAAGGGAAGAGAGACGUGCUUGGCGUGUGGGGAGUGGAAUAA